AUCGACAGCUAAUUUGUGCACCUUCAUUGACAGUCGCUCGGCGAAACGAGCAAAUUAUGAAUUCGGAUAAUGAUUACACGCUUUGCAACUUAGACUCUCACUCAUACGGAGGGAGUUAUAAUAACUCAGAUAUACAACCCUCCAGUUAUGGAUACGCGAACAUUUCCAACAGAUCCCUGGACACGGGACAGAAUUAUUAUGGUGCAGAAGCCGUGUUACCCCACGGACUAGGGGGUGGGGAUUUACUUUUAGGUAACACAAAUCAACCAUACCCGGUGUCAUCCAGUGUUAUAGCCAGAAACUCUCGCCAUGCUGGAGCGUACGGUCUCUGUGAUCUUGCAAUACCCCAAGCAAAUGACUGUUAUAUACCGAAUGGGGGAUCGACCAACGGUUCGUGUAUGGACGCUGGGGUACGAUCACCCUAUAGUUCUUCCCCGGAGCACAUGAGAGGGCCUGUGCUUGGAGGUAAUGGUUACCCCCAUCAGUCACCCGGGGGAUCACCUAUUAAACCGGAUCAAACUUCCUCUUCGAGUUAUUCUUCAAAACCAUUCCGAUGGAUGACCAUAAAAAGAAACGGUUUCAAACAAGCUGGAAAACCUGGUGAAUAUGGCUACACACCACCGUCGACUACCACGACCCCAGCAGCGCCAAACUCCGGGAGAACCAAUUUUACAAAUAAACAACUAACCGAAUUAGAAAAGGAAUUUCAUUUUAACAAGUAUCUCACCCGUGCGCGGCGAAUUGAAAUCGCUGCUUCGCUUGGCCUCAAUGAAACACAAGUUAAGAUUUGGUUCCAGAACCGACGAAUGAAACAGAAAAAGCGCAUGCGCGAAAUUCAGUUCGAAAAAUCAGGUGUGGACACAUGUCAGUUGACCUUAGAUGCAUUAACUGUGCCAAAUUUAGCCAUGUGUCACGAUACACGAUAAAACAAUAUGUUUCUUCCCCUAUAUAACCCCCUCGAUAAUUCUCUUUUUUAGAAUUCUGUGAUUUUGUUUUGUCCUAAUGCCCAUUGUUUUGUCUUCAAAAGCAGUCGUCUAUGUAUAAAUAGGUUCGGGUAGACUAAAUAAUUUGUUGUGCACGUUAUGGCCUUCGUUGACAUCACACUACAGAUAUAAAUAACAACAACAAACUCCAGUGGCUAUAUAUAUAUAUACAUGAAAUAGAAAGAAUCUAUAAGUUAGCCAGCUACUUAGAACAAGUGUGAAGAAUUGGAUCCGCGAAGCAACGGAUGUACAGUGCAUACGAUAUGGAUUCUGUAACUAUGUGCUCAUUUACUUUAUUCUAUUUCAUAAUUUUGUUUUCUUUUGGAGAUGGUAUUUUCAACAACGCAGUCUUUUCUUUUUCUCUGCGAUAAUUUUGUUUAACGUGUCAUUUAGUGUUGAGCGUUUGCCUAUAUUAGGCGGAAAAGGAAGUGAGUUAUCCGCCAUUGUUAAGAAACUGGAUUUCUUCGACAAAUGCUCAGCAAAUCCCCACUUAUUAUUUUAUUCCCCUCUUUCAUGCUUUUAGACAAUUUACGCCAACCUGGUUACAUGUAGCGCAAAAAUUGUGCUUGCCUUAAGUAAUGAUGUUAUUUAUUUAUAUUUGUUUGAAUUUUUAUGUUUUGUUUCAACAUUCCACAAAAUUAGUAUAUGUAUGAAUGUGCUGUUUUCUAGAUUUUAAAAUGUCGUUUAUUAUACGGCCUUUUCCAUUUUGCAUUAGAAACACAUGACCUAAUAUGGCACGAUUGCUUUAGACAUUACUGCUUAAAAACAUUUAAGCAAAAUAUCUUUGAUUCAACACAAUAUGAAAAUCCAUGCUUUUUUGGUUUGAUUUUUUUGCUCUAACAGUAAACCAUUCACAAAAUGGUGACCAGAAGUUCGCGUAUAUCACUCGGUUGAAUGUGCAUCUCGCCUUUUUAUGUUCUGAAUAUACACAACUGUAUAUUUUACGUACAUAUACUUAACAAAAUGAUCUCAAAUCGAAAGUGAAAUAUUACAGAGUUGAUAUUUGUGUUUAACGCAACUCUGUAAAUGAAAACAUAUAUAUCCAUUACUUUGUUCCGUUGUAGUGUCUUCUUGUUCAUUAGAAAAAAAGUGACACUUGUGUUUAGAAUGUGUGCUAGAAUAGGUUACAUUUUAGCCUAAAGCUAGUCAGUUCAGCUAACUGAAGAGAAUAUGAUUGUCUUGGGAUCAAUAAAACAUUGCCCUUAAAAUAUACAGUCAGAUGUCUCCGAGAACACACCACUCGUUACCCCUUCAAUAAAAUAUAUUUAUCAUUCAAAGUUUACGCUUCAGUAGUUUGUGAUUUUUUAAAACGACAGUCUUGUUUUGAAUUUACGCUAUUAAAUUAUACCCUAAUCCCCAAUUUAAUCAAUUUGGCAAUGCACAUUAAAGUAGCUAAGUCUCUAACUCAGUAUCAUCCAAAGUCUUCAACAUAGAAAACACGAAUUAUUUGUCAGCUUAAAUGGACGUUGAUGCUGUAAUCUUACCGGGAAAAGAUGGGCUUCUGAUAUCCAAUAUUUAUGACAAAAUAAACAUUUUACUGUUGGUAUACGAAUCGUGUACCAUAAUGCGUUUCAGCUAGACAUAUUCCACAAGUCAGUUCAAACGGUGACCUCAUGUUCUUUUAUGGAGAGCAUGCGCAAUAAAUACUCUUGGUGUUGACUGGAAUAACAAGACGCUAUUCGAUUGAGACUUCUGGCGUAUAUCGCCGAAGAUAACUGAUUUUAGAUUAGAGUAAAGACGGAAACGAUCGAAUGUAACUCAAUUUAUAUACAUUCAUAUUACAUUAUUAUAUGUGUUGCGACCCAUUUGUGUCAAUUUAUAGGUCCCAAAUAUUAGCGAUUUGGCUCCUUUAAGUUAUUUACUUGAAAUGAAUGUCUAUGGCUUUUGUAAAUCUGUUGUUUGUCUGCACAGACUGGGACAUAAAUUAACUUAUAUUUAGCAGCUUUGGCAGCAGAAUAUUAAGUUAUGAAGAAAAAGAAUGUUGAAGAUCAUUAGGGGAAAAUCUGUAGGUUGUCGACAUAGACUGGAUCAUAAAUUAACCAUCUGUAGCGAUUUUAGUGUUUCGGCCCAGCUUACACAAAAUAUAGAUCUGUGGAAAAGUUUGCACCUGCGUACGAAGGAAGGCAGAUUUUAAUAUAUGUUCGUUAACUUUGUAAGUAAUUGUAACUUCAAGAAAAUUGACCCGGUAUUUCAUUUUUAAGAGACUGUCGCUUUAAGGGCUUAGGACCGUUAACUCCCUUUAAGAGACUGUCACUUGGCUUAGGUCUGGUAACUCUUGUUAAGAGACUGUCACUUUAAGGGCUUAGGUCCGGUAAUUGUUUUAAGGGUUUAUGUCCGGUAACUCUUCUUACGUGCAGAAGUAUCUCUAGGAAUUAUUUUAUACAAUGCCUAACUUGUCUUGUUGACUGUUACCCCACUACCUGUAUAUGUACAUGUAUAUAUAUAUAUAUAUGAAAUUACUGACCUCAUAUUCAGGCAACUGCCGAACUCUAGUCUUUAUCACUGUCAUUGCUUAUAAAUUACAUGAAGUGCUAACCCCCAUCCUCUCGUAAUAUUAUGUUCAAAAGACAUUGUAUUUAUUGUUUGUAUAUAAAUUGCUCAAACGAAGGAAUAAAAUUUCAUUUUAA